CAGUAAAGCUUUGCUUGUUUACCAAUGUGAUUUAAAUCCAUCCACCUGAAGCCACAACAGUGCGAACAGAGAGCAGAACUGCCUGAACAUAUCUAUAAAUAUCAAUUAAUAUAUUACAUACAUUACAUUAUAUAUACAUAUAUAAAUAUAAUACCAGGGGAAGACAUUGAAUGAUACACUCUUGUCCAUUACAGGAUAUUGCAGCAUGAAGAAGGAGCAAGUUGUCCACUGUCAGUUUUCGGUUUGGUAUCCGAUAUUCAAGAAACAUACGAUUAAAAGUGUGAUCCUCCCGCUGCCUCACAAUGUGAUAGACUAUUUACUGGACGACGGCACACUGGUAGUCUCUGGGAGUGACCACAACAGUCAGCAGACUCACACUAACAACAGCGACUCGGACGCAGAGGAAGACAUUCAGUGGUCCGAUGAUGAGACCACCACCACUGUCACUGCUCCUGAGUUCCCAGAAUUCACCUCUAAAGUGCAGGAGGCCAUAAACACCCUGGGCGGGCGCGUCUUCCCCAAACUCAACUGGAGCGCUCCACAGGAUGCUAACUGGAUUGCUCUGAACAGUUCCCUGCAGUGUCACAGCCUCAGUGAUAUAUUUCUGCUCUUCAAAAGUUCAGACUUCAUCACCCACGACCUCACACAGCCAUUCGAUGUGUGUAGUGACCGGGACUCCGCUGAUCCCGUCAUUAACUAUGAGCUGGUCCUGAGAAAGUGGAGCGAGCUGAUUCCUGGCGGAGAGUUUCGCUGCUUUGUCAAAGAAAACAAACUGAUUGCUAUCUCCCAGAGAGACUACACGCAGUAUUACCAGCACGUGUUGAAGCAGGAGGAGCAGCUCUGUCACGCCAUACAGGACUUCUUCAGCGAACACAUUCAGUACAACUUCCUGGAUGAAGACUUUGUGUUUGACGUGUACAGAGACAGCCAGGGCAGGGUGUGGCUGAUAGACGUGAACCCGUUCGGAGAGGUCACAGACUCUCUGCUGUUCAGCUGGGAGGAACUGAGGUGUGGGGGGGGGAUCUCCCUGCAGCAGGAGGGCCCGGCGUUCCGCUGCACCACCAGCGAGGUGACGGUGCAGCCCAGUCCCUGCCUGAGCUUCAGGAUCCCUCGGGACUUUGUGGACCUGUCCACCGGAGAAGAUGCCUAUAAACUCAUCGACUUCCUCAAACUGAAGAAAAACCAACAGCAGCAGGAAGAGGAAGAGGAGGCAGUCGCUCCACAGUGAUGCAGUUAAUCUGAAGCUCCCCAGAUGAUGCAUGAAGUGACUCCCCCCUCUGUCCUGUCCCGGAGCUUCCUGUUGAUUUAUCAUGUUAACGGCUCUUUGAGGAUUCUUCUUCUUGUUGUUUACCUCGACACCGCUGAGCGCCACCUUGCUGUAACGGCUCGGUGACGGGAGAGGGAGGCCUGCGGUGUGGAGCACUUCAUUUAUUUUUUAUGGGGGGGAGAGUGUUACUGCUGGGGAUGUAUUCACUACCACUAUAAAGAAUGCCUGCUUUUAUACUUUAAAAUAAGUGUGUAUAAUAGUUUAUGUAUCUUUAUUGCUGCCCAGAAAGUGUCUCUGAGUGUAGAAGGAAGUAGUCCAUACGCACACACACACACACACGCACACACACGCACACACACACACCCUUCACUGUGCGUGUGUGUGGACAGACUUUAACACCUUUAUUUAUUAAUAAUAAUAAUAAUAAUAAUAAUAAUACAUUUUAUUUCUAAGCGCACUUUUCAUUUGCGUAAACAAAACUCAAAGUUGCCCAAAGCUUGUUAUAGUGUUAAGAUUUCAGCCAUGAUUUGUAAUUAAGAUAGUUAAUUCUCCAUUAUUUCCCCUCCAUUAUUUCCCCUGCUCCAUCUCUCCCUGACAAUUUCCUCUGAGCACUUUUGACACACUCAUUGCUCCGCGUCACUCCGGGCGCUCUUUUGCAAUCCUGUUUUCCCAUCAUGCAUCGCUUUAGACUGUUGCUCCAAAUAACACCAUUAAACUUGUUGUCGUGUA